AUAAAACGUGCGCAAGUCGGUCGUCCACCGCAAGAGCAGGAUAAGUCGAGUCCGGUGCUGCUUCAGAGAAAGAUCGACGCGGCCGAAGAAAUACAAGAGACGAGGAGGGCACGGUAACGUCGACGGUACCUCCGUUUUUAACGGAGGCGGUGUGUCAGUCCAUGGCUGCACGUCGACCAGAUACCUACACCUUGAUAUCACUGCAUAAUGUCUGAAGCCGAGGAUGCCUCGGGCAAAGGCAGUAACCUGACAGCGGUGGAGGCGAUCUCGGCGAGGCUGGCGGAAGUAACGCGACUUGCCGAGAAGCUGGACGCGAGACUUUGCGAGGCUGGAGCCAGGACUCGACCAGUUGCAAUGUCGUCGUCCGCGAUGUCCUCCACUUCCUCUCUCUUCUCGUCGUCGAACGCCACCGCACCGGUUUCCGGUCAAAUCCAGACGAUCUGCUCUGGAAUCCCUGGAUCGAUCGCUGUCACUGUUUCGUCCGUCGGAAUUACAGCUCCCUUGAUCAGUUCGUCGGUGUCCACGGUGCAACUUCAGCCUAAAUGCGUGUCCACGAUAUUGUUUUCGUCGUCGAUGGCGAAUAACGAGAACGCUAUGGCGUCGAGAGACACGGCGUCUGGUUUGGCGACUUCAAUGCCUGUAAAUGGAACGGUUUGCACGGGUGCAGUUGGCGAGAAGGUUAGUCCGACUGUGAUGGAGAGUGGCAAGGUAGAGGUUACCCAGAAAGAAGAUCGUGAAACGGGUGAACGAAGUAAGAAGAAGGUUGAUUUGUAUGGAACAGUGGUGGUUGACGAGAAGUCGAAGGAAGAAGUCGCGGAGGACGUUAACGAAAAGUCUUUCGAUGAUAGUUUAGCUGAAGAUUCGAACAUGGAAGGAUACGUGACAGCCACCGAAUGCUCGAUAACGCCUACAGCUCGUUCCAGAAGCGAAUCCUUCGUUACGUCUCCAGAAUGCGAGGACCUUGCUGCUCCAGCAACCGUGACGUCUACUUGCGAUACAUGGUGGAACAUGGAGGAGCCGAAGUUCCUCACUGCCAACGCUGCAAUGUCUUCCGCUGUAAUUAAACAAAUGGAAGUGGCUUCAAAGGAGCCGAGAAUAGAGAAAAACGUCGCAGAUACUGCGAAACCGGAAGUCAACGAGACAAACGCGGAGAAACAGACUGAAAAGCUCGUAUCGAUGGAAAAGAGAGUCGAAGAGAAAUCCGGGAAGAUCGUAAAAGAAGUUACAGAAACGACAACUCUACGCGUGUCUCACGACACUCGUUUCGGUGUGGCGUCUUACAAGGUGAUAUCCAACACCGUGCAAGAUCAUCGUGAAAACGUUGAUGUUAAGGAAAUGAAGGAUCUCGAACGCAUCGUGUUGCCGGAUGUACACGAGAAGAUGAAUGGAUCGAGCCACGAGAUAGAUUCUGGCUGCAAAUCCGGGUCGUACAGUCGCAGGGACGAACUGUCAACGAAGACGGACGACGCUGAACGCGUGAUCAAAUUCGCGAAGAUCUGCGAAAUAAAUCAGGAGUCUCGCAUAAUCCCUGUUGACGCUUCGAAGGAUAUCGCAUUGUCCUUGAAAGAGUACACGAGACAUCACGAGGACAGCGGUAUCGAGAUGUCACCGACGAAGAAGGACGAGAACUUGGAAGGACAGGAUUUCCUCGAGAGAGCGAGGAAGAGCGGGGAAUGGCUGAGAUUGAAGGUUCUGGAGGUUCAACCAGAACUAACGAAGCUCGGUGCCACGGUGGAGGAAGCUACCGAGCUCUCGAAUGCACACGACGAAGUUCUGCUUCGAUUGCAGAGCAAACAGAGCCCGGUGGAGGAAUUGCUCCGACAGGCUGAUCAGUUGAUCUCGAACCAAAGGCCAAGAGCGGAAGUGUACGCCGCCAUGGCGGAAACUCUGGGCCAAGCUUGGCGUGACGUGAACGAGCUUUUGGAACGUCGAAAACAGAUCCUCGACUCCAACGUGUUGUUUCAAUGUCGAGCAGAAGAGUGUCGAGAAAGCAUGAGAGCCCUCGAAAUGGCUUGCAACGACACGUUGCUGCCGAUCGAGAUCGAGGCGGUGAAGAACUUCUUGUCGAAAAUCCAUGAUCUUCGCAAGAACAUGCUGGAGGCGCUGAUGGGAGCGCUACAAGAGGGAAAAAAUUUAUUGGACCGGCUGAAGGAGAUCUCGAACGAAGGCACCUUGGAUUCCAGACCGGACAGAAUUAAGCUCGAAGCUGAUCACGCCGUGUUGAAGGUUGAAAAAUGGUUGGAAGAACUACAUGAUAGAAGACGGCUGAUUGAAGCGUCGUUUCGUAGCAGAAAGACACAGUUGGAGCAAUGCCUGGCUUUAGCUCUGUUAGCGACCGAUCUACGUGAUCUCGAGGAGAUCCUGAACGACAGAAUCGCUGCCCUCUCGAGCAGCUGCGAUCAACUGGGAGAUUCUGCAUCGAGCGCGGAAUUGCUCCUGUUCGAACUGAAGAAACUACAAGCCGAAGCAAAGGAGUUUCAAGACAGAUCGAUCAAAAUAACGAAGUCGACCGAACGAUUAGUGUCAUCGGGGCACUUUGCCGGUGAACAGGCGACAGAACAAGCAUAUGCGAUCCUUGGCGCCGCGGCUGAUUAUGUCAACGAUUUGGAUCAGUAUGAGUCGUUGUUGAAUAGAGCGGUGGCCUUCUUCGAUUCGGCGAGAUCGGCAAUUACAAAGUUAGAUCAACUAGAGAUUCAGCUGGUAACAACGGAGCACCCCCCAUAUUCGACGAGAUUAGCUCGUUUCCAUGCUCAGACCGUCGCCACCAUCGAAGACGUCACCGCGAAACCUUUGGCGGAAGGAUACGCCCUCUUGGAUGUCACAGGAAGAGGAGCGCCCGGGGCUGAGGGUGUGAAACGAGUAGUGGAGGAGCUGGAGAACCGGAAGAUCCGACUGAUGGAACGAUGCACAGCGCACGAGAAGGAGAAUCUCGAGAUAUCGAGGAUCAUAAAUACGUUCUUAGACAAGCACGACGAGCUGAGAAAGUGGUUAAUGAGCAUACCUGAAGCAUUUCUUCAGGGUCACCAGGACAUGGGCAGCGACGUUCCAAUGGCAGAAGAUUUCUGUCGAUUGCAUCGUCAACUGUUAAACGAUCUCGAACGGAGAACCGACGAAGUCGAGCACCUGGAAUUCGAGAUUCUACCGAUCAGGGAACGGCUCGAGGAAGCUCAGAAAUUGGAAUUACAGUCGAAGGUGGAGGAACUGAAAAAUUCGUGGACGAAGACGAAGGACCUGGUGGCAAACAGAAUUGAUUUGGGUUCGCUUUAUCUGCAAUUCCACUUGGUUGUCGAGGAACUGACGAGAGAAAUCGAGUCGAUCGAAAGUGAUUUGAAGAGGCAAGCCGAUGUUUUGGACGAGGGGAAGAUUGACCAACUUGGAAGACGCUGGAGAGAUCUACAGCCGCUUUACGUGAAGUUAAAUAACACUGGAGAGGCGUUCUUGAAUGCAGCUCUUAAGAUCGAUGAUCCUUAUUUAGACGUACCCAGAGCCUGCAUAUGCGUCAAAACGCUCUUAGAGAAGUUUGCCAACAGACAGUUGAUCGUGACAGAAACGUGGGAGAAAUGGCGGACCACGAUCGAGAUUUUAAGGAAAAAACGAAUCGAACAUGAACGAAAAAUCGAGGAAAGUACGAGAACCAUGGAAUGGGUUUCGAAAUUUAGCGAACAGCUGUACCCUGUGAUCACGUCUCAAUCCUAUCAAACAGCAAGUAUUCUUCAAGAUUUAAGCGGAUCUAAACAUCGUAUACUCCCUGAGCUGAACAAAGCUGUUAGUGAAUUAGAUUCCAGAAUCAAAGGAAUCGAUACUCUGGCCCAAAAAGGUGAAGUGCAAAUCGAGGAAGAGAUACUCAAGAGGCUCCGUCAGAUGCACGAGAACCUUCGUACGACUGCCAGAGAUUACGAAAUCCUCCUCGAAUCGCUCAUCUCCAUCUUCCAGAAUAUCGAAGAGGUCGAGUACAAAACCGAGCAGCUGAAGAUCCAAGCGGAACGCGUAACAUCCCUGAAAAAAUUAUUCGAAGUGGUAACUCUAUUCGGCGAGCUCGAUGCGUUGAGAUGGUCUAUUUCUGACAGGCAUAAUCAGAUCAGGUUGAAAGUGCAAGAAACUAUUGCCAGAAUCAAGCAACAGGAGCCACCAGAUGCCGGUGUCCAGGAUAUCGAGAAAUUGAAAUACGCCUUGGAAUCGUUGAUGAAUGACUUCGAAGUUUUCUGGUCUCGAACGAGUACUAAAAUCGAGGAAUAUCGACGAACUUGCACGUUUGCCGAGGAUCUAGAGAGAAUUGACAUCGAGUUACACGAUUUGAACGAACACCUUAAAAAGGUGGAUGCGAAGAUUGGUGAGAAUCUUCAGGCAGCCAGAGCCGUAGCAUCAUCCUUUGUACAAUUCGAGAAAACAGUCGCGAUUUUGGAGGAAAGAAUCGAGACUUUCAUCAAGAUGACGGAAGAAUCGAUCAGAAUUUCGACGCCUCAAAUCGUAAACGAUAUUUCUUCGUUGAAAGAAAGAUGGAGAAAUUUAAAGAGAAAAGUCGAAGAUAUGAAGAAGAAGAUAAAUUUGAGCAUAGAAUACUUCAUACUUCUUGAAGAAGCUAAGGAGUGGAAUAGAGAGGGUAGUAAACUGUUGGUGGUGAUAGCAAGGAAAGCAACUACUGUGAAGCUGCCAAAAGACGCGAUGGAGUUACUUCAAGAAAUUGACAACUACCUAAAACCAGGCGAAGAAAUACAAGAAAGGAGAAUCGAAAAAUUGAAGGAACUAUCGACGAUAGUAUUCGAUACAGAGAGAUUACCACAGUUCAACGAAGUCGUUGUCGAAAAUCGUCAAAUGUUGGACUCCUUCGCCGUCGUCUCAUCAGAGCUUCGGACAUUGGCCGAGAAUCUCAAGAACGCCGAAGAUUUGCAGGAGAAAUUGAGAAUCGAGAAACGAGAAGCGGAUGAAAAGUUACAAGCCGCCAAAGUCGAAAUGGCUGCCGCAGAAGCAGCCAGAGAGGAAGCUGAGAACGCGAAGAAGAUCGCGGAGAAAUUAGCAGCUGAGACGUUAGAAAAAGCGACCAUCGAGGCAAAGAAAUUGAAGGAAGAAAGGAAGACUCAAAAAAUCUCUGCUCCUCAGUCAUUUUCAGUAUCUGCACAGACCGAGAAGAUCGAAUCCACGGAUGAAAGCUUCGUGAAAGAAAUGGUCACUUCCGCUACCAUUACUAAAGAGAUACACAUCUUACAGAAGACGGAAAUCGAGAAAACAGUACCAGCGAGUGAACGCGAGCCUAGUCCACAGAAGAAGAUUGUAACCGAGGAAACUCGUGAAAAAUCGGUGGAAAGAAUGUACAAAGAGGAAGUUCCACCAUUGGCUCCAGAAUUUACUCUUCCUUUACACGAUGCCACAGUGCAGGAAGGAGAAAAGUUCACCUUCCAGUGCAACCUCAUUGGUCAACCGACGCCGGAAAUAGUUUGGUUCAAGGAUGGAAUCUCGAUCUUGAACAACCCUGAUUACUUAACCACGUACGUUCAUGGCAUUUGCACUCUGACGAUUGAAGAAACCUUUGCUGAAGAUUCUGCCAAGUACACUUGCAGAGCUUUUAACAUCGCUGGGUCGGCGGAGACGUCUGCUACGUUAACCGUUAAAGAAACUGCACCGGAAGAGCAGCCGAAUCCACCAGUUUUCAUAAAAGAAUUGGUGCCUUCAGUGGCGUCGGAAGGUUCUUCCUAUAGAAUGGAUUGCAUAGUCGAAGGCAAUCCCUUGCCAACUGUCCAAUGGUUUAAGAACGACGUGAACAUCGAUAAUUCUCCCGAUUACAUCAUCACUUAUAAUAACGGCGAGGCUGUUUUAAAAUUCGAAGAGGUCUUCCUAGAAGAUAAAGCUACUUAUACUUGCAAAGCUGUAAAUCGAUUGGGUCAAGCCUCCACUUCCGCUUUUCUCAACGUUAAACCUGCAGAAUUUACUUCGGAGAAACCAUAUUUCGUGACACCCCUCUCGAAUGCCAUGGGAAGAGCAGGGCAAAGGGUGAAACUCGAAUGCGAAGCAAAGGGAAGUCCAAUGCCUACUUUAACUUGGUACCAUGAUGGAAGAGCCAUUGAAGAAACCAUGAAUUUGAAGAUACAAACGGACGCCGGCCGGACCAGUUUGAUAAUCUCGGAGGCGUUCGCGAAGGAUGCCGGAUGUUACACAGUGGCUGCUAAAAACGACGCCGGUGAGGCCACGGUGUCCUGUAACGUAUCGGUGAAGGGACGACUUCCGCACGAGACCAGCGAUUCAGAAUUCGCCAGCAGCGACAUGGAACCCGUAGUCCCGAAAAUUCAGAUGCCUCUGAAGGACCUGAAGGUUCAGGAGGGUCUGUCUGUUCGACUGGACUGCGUAAUCGUUGGGCAACCUGAGCCGGAAGUGAUUUGGUACCACGACGACCAACCUGUGAAGGAAUCAGCCGAUUUCCAGCUGCUGUUCCAGGGCGAUAAGUGUUCUUUGGUCAUUCACGAGGCUUUCUUAGACGACGCCGGUGUAUAUAAAGUAGUCGCCAUUAAUUCUGGCGGCGAAGCGUCUAGUCAGUGCACCUUAACAGUGACACCGGUUACCGUUUCCGAAAAAUUAAACACCACACGACCGGAAAUCGAGGAGACAUUUGUCGCAGGAUCCCCACCGAAAUUCGUCAAACUUCCAACAGAUUCUCUGGUAGCUGAGGGUGAGACCGCCAUUUUCGACUGCGCAGUGGUCGGAGAACCCAAACCGGAACUGAGAUGGUUCUCCGACAGCGGCGAGAUCACUGGGAACGAUCGUAUUCUGAUCCAGCGGAGGGAAGAUGGAACGAGCAUUUUAAGGAUUUCCGCUGCGAUUCCAGAAGAUAAAGGAAAUUACGUGGUCAAAGCGUUCAACGCUCAUGGCGAAGCAAAAGCAUUUGCUCGAUUGGUCGUGAGAUCAUUGGGUGACUUCAGAAGAAAGGAAGAAUUCGUGCAGAUGGAGGAAAAACUGAUUGCCCCUACAUUUAAGGAGAGGUUCGAGGAUAGGCGAGUAAUGGACGGUGUUUCUACGAAAUUCGAGUGCAUCGUGGUUGGAAAACCGUCUCCAAAGAUCCAAUGGCUGUUUAACGAUCGCCCAGUUCAUGGCAAAGAUUUCUUGGUAUCGGUCAGCGGGGAUCGACAAGUGCUGACGAUCCCAGAGACCGGAAGCACGCAUGUCGGCACGAUUUCCUGCGUGGCGGAGAACGCUGCUGGCAAGGCGAUUUGCAGUGCUCGGCUAGAGAUCGGUAAGCACCUAUAUCUAAUCGCGACUACUUCAUUCUCCACGAUCUCCGUUAACAAAUUUUUUUUUUAA